AUCCCACUGUUAAUCCAGCAGUCUGUGCAUCGCUGUACUUUUACAAUCUGAUGAGUUCCCAGUGGACGGCAGGACUUUAAUGCAGCUACAUUGUGCGAGUCGUCGGCCGGUGGAGGCUUCACAUCAGGAGACUGUGGUUCAAAGGUGGGACUCAAAAUGAGGAGGUGUCAGCCGGGCACAGCGGUGAAGCUGCUGCGUGUCGCUCUCUGCCUCGGUCUGGUCCCAGCGUGUUUCGGAGCUGCUAUUCCCGGUUCCUGCGGCUCCAUCUACAAGAGUUUUGCUCAGUGUUUGCUGACACUCGGAGACAGUUUGGUGGAGACGCAGAAAGACCAGAGCGCGCAGGACAUCGACGCAGUCUGCAGGUCCUGGAAUGCCUUCCAUGUCUGUGCAAACGCAGCUCUGGCCGGCUGUCCAGGAGACGCAGCCGCCGUCUGGGAGUCUCUGAGGCAAGAGUCCAGGAAGACGCAGUUCUCCGGGAACCUGUACGACAUGUGCGCCAGCCGCACUACCCUUCCGCCCAGCACCGCGCCCGCACCCGCGAGCCCACCGACCUCCGACCAGACCAAUCAGGAGACGCUGAAAGGGCAGACGCGCAAGCACAGCGCCACCUUCAGCACACUGCUGCUCCCUGCAUGCAUCACACUACUGAUCGUGAUCAGGAGUUAGUUCUCGAACACACACACACACGUGGUUUUUUCACCACGCCACAGAUGCUGCUGUCUUUGUGACACACGCGUGUUUAAAUCAUCGCUUUCUUUAAUCAUAUGCAUGUCGUUUACUUUUGACCCAGCGAGAGAAUUCCAUCAGUAAUACUGGAUGAUUGUAAUGGACAAGAGAGCAUGUCAGGAUUUUUGUUUUUUUUGUUCUUUUCUAAAAUGCCAGGUGUUCAGAUUUGCUGGUGAUCCAAUCAGAGGAUGAAACAUUAACUCAUUCACUCUCCAUUUGACUGGUUUUAAUGUCAGAGAAUUAGAUUUCUGCAUGGAAGGAUUCAACUGAUGAAAACUCUUGUCGUCAGUAGUUUUCCUGCCCCUUAAAAACACAAUCAUAAUGUUGUUUUAUUUUUAUUCUGUAGCUGGAUACAGUUAAGCUUUUAGUUUAGCUAAAAGAAAUUGGAUAUGAUUAUGGUAACAAAUACCAAUUUACAAUACAAACUUUCUUGCAGCUGUACAUGUAUACAGUAUAGUAAUCUUUGGCCAUCUCUCUUUGAUUAAAUACUGAUUAAUUCAUAUAGAUAAUUUGCAUUAGCCACACUUAGUUUCAGCUCUAGAGCUUGAAGAGAGAUGAUUAGACGCAGAAACUACACUCUCUUCAAGGUCGUCUCCACAGAAGUCACAGCCCAGGUUGGAUUUUUAAGCAUUUCCAGUUUGUAUCUUUGUAUCUUCUAAUGACAGAUGAUUGUAUGUGUUACACACACACACACACACACAAACGAGUGACUAGUGACUUGUAAAGCAGUUGUUUUCAGUGUAACUGAAUCAUUAGAAUCAGUUCAUUCAAAACUAUAUGUUCAGUACUUCCUCCAUGACACAGUCACUGGACUGAAAUACAGCAGCAGGGGUUUGUGAUGCAGCUAAAUACACCAAACUCUUCUGUUCAAUGUUGAGAUUUUAGACAUUUUCCUGGUAAUUGUUGGAGAUUGACCCGCGUUUUGUAGGAUUGUUAAGUCUUUUUAACUGAUCUACAGUUCGCCAUUGUUCGGCUUGAUUCUUGUGUCAGGCGUCUCUUCCUGUGACGGCACUCUGACCAAUCAAUGGCCGGCAGUCGGACGACAUCACGCAUAUAGUAUCGCCUCAGCUCGCUUGGAACCUCACCAGAGCAGAUACUAAAAAUAAAGUAGGUUAUUAUGCGAGUAGAAACGCAACCUAACCGGGCAGGGCCGCGUCGAGCUCGUAGAAACACAACAUAUUUCCCUCAGUACUGAGCUGUCUUCAAUAAAUUCAUCAAACUUAA